UUGAAUGUGAAUUUUGUGAUUAUCAUUUGGGUUUCCACUUUCCAGCGAAGACUGUGAGAGCCGCCAUUAUCCAGUAGAGCGCGGUUUUCUGAUACUUUUCUAUACACGCGUUCUUCUCUUUCGCAGAUCUGUCUUCUCCUUAAGGGUUAAGAAAGCCUUGGGCCAGGGCAAACAAAUUCGAAUUUGUAAUCAAAUGUUCAGCCUCUGUUGAGAUCGAAACACUUCAAUUCGAGUUAUUUCAAAAUGGGGGAUAUUGUUCCCAUUUACUACCACAUCAUCGCCUUUAUAUGCACUGUUGGAGCUACUGCUUUGGCCGUUUUCCACAUCUACAGGCACCUUUUGAAUUACACUGAACCUACUUACCAGAGAUACAUCGUUCGCAUCAUUUUUAUGGUCCCUGUCUAUGCAUUAAUGUCUUUCUUGGCCCUUGUUUUACCAGAUAGUGCUAUAUAUUUCAACUCCAUUCGAGAAGUUUAUGAAGCCUGGGUCAUUUAUAAUUUCUUGUCAUUGUGCCUUGCAUGGGUCGGUGGCCCUGGAGCAGUUGUGCUAAGUUUAAGUGGUCGUGUUCUAAAACCAUCAUUUUGUUUGAUGACGUGUUGCUUCCCUCCUAUACCACUGGAUGGGCGUUUUAUACGGAGGUGUAAGCAAGGCUGUUUACAAUUUGUAAUCCUAAAGCCCAUCCUUGUCGUUGUUACUCUCAUACUUUAUGCAAAAGGGAAAUAUAAAGAUGGAAAUUUUAGUCCGGACCAGGCGUAUCUUUACCUUACCAUCAUUUAUACAAUCUCGUAUACUACUGCUCUUUAUGCUUUGGCAUUGUUUUAUAUGGCAUGCAGAGAUUUGCUUCAUCCAUUUAAUCCCGUUCCAAAGUUUAUCAUCAUCAAAUCUGUUGUUUUCCUGACUUAUUGGCAGGGUGUUCUGGUUUUUCUUGCUGCAAAGUCUGGAUUCAUAAAGAACGCAGAUGAAGCUGCUGAUUUUCAAAAUUUUAUAGUAUGUGUUGAGAUGCUUAUAGCUGCUGUUGGUCAUUUUUUUGCAUUCCCAUACAAGGAGUAUGCUGGAGCAAAUAUUGGUGGCGGACGUGGUUUUACGGGAAGCCUUGCACAUGCCGUGAAGUUGAAUGACUUCUACCAUGACACUGUUCACCAGUUUGCUCCAACUUAUCAUGAUUAUGUACUCUACAACCAUAGUGAGGGUGAUGAGGGAACAAGGAAAUACCGUUCACGCACUUUUGUGCCAACUGGCCAGGAAAUGGAUGCUGUGAGAAGAAACAAACACAUGUUUGGAUCCAAGCUGGAUGACAUUCAGCUAUCAAGUCUUUCAUCGUCUGCUGCAAGCACUCCCAAAAAUGAAUACACACAGUCUGAUAUAACGAAGUCUUCGUUGCUUGUAGAUACCUCAAAUUCGUUAUCUGUGCCAUAUGACAUGUCACUUAUUGAUAUUGACAUGUCUAGUUACCCUGCAAAAGUUCCUGCAGCAAACGAAACUGGGACUCGGUGACAAGAAUGAAGAUUCCACUUCAGAUGGGUAAGAAGAGUGUCAAUACUAGGAAACAAAAGAGUUGUGUGUCUGAUACUAUAUUUGCCUGGAGAAAAGUCUUGUUUGUCUAAUUGUGUGCGAAAGUGCUGUCAAAUUACUAAGAUUGUAAAGCCCUCAGUUGUCUCUCUCAUGUGGUUUCAAGUAUUGUAAUCACUGAUACCAAGCCUCCAACAAAAAAUUGACUUCUUGGCCUAUUUCUCGACUGUUGUCCAUUACUGUUGCCAUCGCCAUUGUACAUAUGGCUUUCCAUUGUCAAUUUGUCAUACUAGCUAAACCAUUACUUCAAUCACAAAAUUAGUUUCUGAAUUGUUUUCCGUCACACGUUUCAAGACCAAUCAUUUGAAUUUGUACUUUUUCUCGUGUUGGUUUGAAAUUUGGACGUGGCUGUAAUCUCCUGUAUUCUUGGAUUAUUUUGCUUCUGUCUGUAUUUACUCACUAAAUGCAUAUAGUUUCCUUUGUUUUUUAUUUUUAUUUUUAUUUUCUUUCCCUUUCUAUAUUUUUUCUUUCCAGGAAAUAGGGAUGGGGAAUUUGGUGUGGUGUGAUGUGUUCAUUUUGUUUUUGAAGUGUAUUUUUUUUGAAAAACAGUUUAGUACCCUUAAGUAUUGUGUGCAGUGUUAGCCAGAAGAUGAUUUGUACAUUUUGUUGGAUC